UUGUUCAAUUAAAUGUGGUGGAUAUAUUUGCUACAUAAUUAAACGGAUAAACUGACAGUCAAAGACCACAAGUUACAGGCACAGCAGAUAUCAUUGUUUAUAAACUGUUUAUAACGCGUGGACAUGUGCUCUUCCAUCGAUUAGUAUGUCUAGGACAAACAGGAACAAGUAGCAAGCUAGGAUAGCUAACGUUACUGUUAGCUAGUUCAAACGAAAAUCUGAUAAAACGGGAUCUCACAAGCCAAAUGUACUAACUACGACAGCUCAUAUGAUAUAUUUGCGGUUGCAAGACAGGCAUGUUCCGCUUACACGUACAUAUCGGAUAAUAGCUGAAUUGACAGAGACAAGCGAUCACAGUGGUCUGUGUGAGGCUCGAGACAUUUAUCUCUAGUGUUGAUCUGCUGCAAAGGUGUGAAGUAUUUUGAAUAGACGGCUGAGAAGUAAAGAAGAGAACACUUAGUUUUGUUUUGUUCAAUGCCAAUCCUCACAACAACUUCAGCAACAAUCUCUUCUGCCAAAUGCUACAGCAAAGUCAGGAUUGUACAAUCUAGUGAAAGGCAGACAGUUGUUAGAUAUCUUUUGAAAAUUAUAUGAGUGACCUUUUUUUUAAGGAGUGUUGCCUCUGUAUAACUCAAGUAUAAUUUUAUAGCUAAGAAGUGAGUCAGUUUACAUGAGUAUGUUCAUUGAAUGAAUGGUGUAUCUGACCAACAACAACAGCCUAGGUUUGUCGUGUCUGAGGGUAAGAUAAAUGCAAAAAGGUGCACAGAACCAAAUCUCCAGUACGUUCUCUAGCAAUACAACCUCUACAAUAGUGAGUUAAUAAGAAUGUCAGGCUCCUUCUCACACCCCUUCUCAGAAGAGUCAGGAUUUAGGGUGUGUUGAUUGAUACUACUAACAAACACAAUGUUAGUCACAUCAUAGCGAUAGGCCCCCUUGGGUUUUGUUAUGUGACUGAACCGUGAACCCCCCGUUUCUCCCUGUCGUCGCCCUCCGGUUGUGUGGAUGAGGUGAACAAAGGCUUUUCACUGUUUUCCCCUUGAAGCGUCACUGUGAGGUAGAUCCCUCCCCGCCCCCUUUUUUUCAGAGAGUGUCCACAUCUAGAGAUAGGAUGAGUUGGUGAGGAGGAAUCAGUGUCAGGGGUGGCACAAAGUGUUGCUUCGAUAAACCUUUUGAGAACAUAGAACAGUUGAGUUGACUUUUCUCACUGACUCACACAGUCAGGCCUAGAUCAAACAACCAAACAGAUCCCUACUACAUAUGCUUGCUUUUCAUUCAUGUCUGUCUGACUGAUUCAAUCGAAUCAUCUCGACACCAGCCAAGACCUGCAGUACCGAUAACUGCCAGUGUCCUUACCACCCAAGCCCCUUCUCCACUCUCUCACCCUGGGAACUGGAGCUUCUCUCUGCCGGGGGCUCUGUCUCGCUCAGGCUGAAGAGUGGUCCUACAUCCUGGUCUGCCUUAGCUUAACAGACACCAGGGCUGGGCCAGCUGUACCAAGAGGAACACAUACCACACUGACAGAGAGAAGGGCCACUGGACUACAGAGCUGACUACUCUGGAUCCUGGCCAUGAGGUUUGAUGCCACGCUCUACUGACAGGAGACACUGGACCUAAAUGGCGCAGCAUGACUUUGUUCCAGCCUGGCUUAACUUUUCCACGCCUCAGCCCGCCAAGUCUCUUGCAUCGUUUGAGAGGCACGGAGAGAAUCUUGCCCGCGGUGAUGCUCGGCCCGCUGUGAGCCGCCGCCGCCAUAACUCCUCCGACGGCUUCUUCAACAACAGCCCUCUCAGAGCACCUGCAGGUGAUGGGUUGCACCAUCCCUCUCUCCUGCGGCAUGACUCUGUGGACUCAGGCGUGGCUAAGGGAGGGCAGGGGGGCCUGGGCAGCGGUCUCUGGGGGCAGGAGGGACCCCACCAUGGGCGCCACACCAAGCGCCCUGUGGGGGACAGGGACAGGGAGCGACCAGGGCCCCACCGUCAGCGUAACGGGACCUUCCACCCCCGGAAAGGAGGCUUCCUGCCAGUUGAGGGAGGCCAUGAGGACAAGCUGAAGUUUGUGGAGGAGGAUUUUCCCUCACUCAAUCAAUCAGAGAGCAGUGGGAAGCCGGUGGCCCAGCCUCAUGCCGUAGGGACUCCUGUAGGUGUUUGGGAGCACCCCCCUAGUGCCAAGCAGACCAUAACUAAGAUGUUGGUCAUCAAGAAGGUUUCCAAGGAAGACCCUGGUGCUUCUUUCUCUGCUGGUUUCGCCAACACAACGGUACCCCACCUAACCAACGGCACCAAAACCCCAAUCUCCUCAUCCAGUGUCUACAAGAACCUGGUGCCCAAGCCAGCUAUCACCCCAACCAAGGCUGGUCCCUGGAAGCCAAGCGGGAGAGAAACCAAAAGCAGUUUUAAUAUAUCUGGCUGGGACUCCGCCUUCACCAACCCUGCUGCCUCUGUGAACAAACUUCUUACGCAUGUCACUGCCCCGACCUACGGCCCGACCUACGGAUCCCCCAAGGAGCCUCCCUCCAGCAUCACCCCUCCCAUCGACGUCACCCUUCCUCGUCUGAAGCUGAUGCGUCGCAGCACCGACCGGAAGAGUGAGUUCCUGCGAGGCCUGAAGGAUGAUAGGAACUGGGACGGGCCCACCUCUACCAGUCCAUCAGAAGCUAAGGAGAACAGAGGAGACUUACAGGAGAAUGGGAUCCCUCACUCCCUCAGCGACUCGGACACAGAUCACCUUUCCAGCUCGUUGGAGGCAGAAUACAGGUUGCUCAAAGCUAUGGGCUGGCAGGAGUACCCAGAGAAUGAUGACAACUUUUUGCCCAUCACUGAUGCUGAGCUCCAAGAAUUUCAAGCUAAAACUGAGAAGUUGAAGAGGAACAGGCUGGUCCAGAACGGUGUUCUCCUGAAGCCUCUUCUCAAGGGUGCGCCCCUGCCCCUGCUGUCCUGGAGAAGCCCUGUAGAGCCUGAACUAGAAGAGGUCUCAGAGUCCGAGAGCACUAGCAGCAGCCAGACAGACGACGAGGACACCUAACAUGGCUUUACACCCCUCCUCUUCUUCUUCCUCACGUCACGCUCAUUGCACUCGUCUGUUUUACACUUCUUCCUCGUUCACAAGAGACUGGUCAUACAGACACUGGUGUGACAGAGGGGUCAAAGGUCAUGCCUGAGGGUCUUGGUUUUCCUUCUGCUUUUUCUUUCCUUUCUUUCUUUCUUUUUUUGACCCCUUUGUUUGGUCUUUUCCUAGAAGCUGAAAUGAUUAUUGAAAGCAAAACACAUCAGCAUUUUUCUUUUGAUUUUGUGAUGAAAGAAGCUAACCCAUGAUGUUGACAACAACCAAACCAAUAAUGAUUUUACUUGCAAAUUACUUCAUCGAUUGAUACUUCAUUUUUGUUGAAAGAUGGCUUUGACACCUGCUCUUGCUGAAAGAAUUUGUAGCAUUUGUGUUGAGAUGAAACAAUCAUUGUGAGCAGUUGAUAUUGACAUUGCUUCCAAUCCCCUAAAUAACCCUUCUGUAAGGAUUUAGGUUUGUUUUUUGUUUUGGUCCAUUUAAAGCCGACAAAUGGUCUUAUUUGAACAGUGUAAGGCAUGUUUUUGCUCAUCAUUAUAUUUUUCCUAAGCGGUAGGAGAACAGUCAUUUACAGUUAUGGACCACCAUUACUUUUAUUGCAGUACUGAUUGAAUGUAGCCAGUAAGGGCAUAAAGAAGAAUAAAACAACAUUCUGAAGUAAUGGAAAUGUCACUUUACCAAACGUAUUCUGGAGAAAAACUCAAUUAUUCCAUCGUAGCUGUUCAAGCUGAUUGUCUGUUCUUAGUUCACCAACCACCAUAAUUUUCAGAUGUUCAAAAUGCUAAGUUCUAUGGUUGAUAAAGAAUGUAAACGUACAGCCCCCACCCCCAAAUACUCCUGCUUCUUGUAUUAAGAUACAACCUGGUUUUCUUUCUUACAUGAGGGACUGCUUUUGAAAAUGAUGCAUUUACCAGAUUUAGAUUUCAACAAUUGUCCUGUCUGGUAGAAUGUUCAGCUGGCUUUAUCACAGAUUAUAGGCUCUUGGUUGUUGUUUUCUUUUCUCAUUUGGUACAGCUGUAAAUCACACAUAGAUAUUUCUUUUUUUUUGCAUAUUGUUCUUGCAGCCUUGAUAUUCAGGGUGGAUUGUAAAAAAAAAAACAAUACAAAUUGUGAGUUUUGAAAAAUGUAAGAUUAUUUUGAUAACAUUAUUUACAUAUUUUUAAAGAUAAGGUUUCCUGUAAUGGACUGUCUGUAUGAGAAAGAAACUACUGCAUCUUGGAAAAAUGUAAUUGUAAUAAAUAUUUUGCAUCGGUUUGCCAAA